AUGGAGGCCAAGGUCACGCAGACACUGGCAGGGUCGGCGAUCAGGAAGAAGUGCCACAGUUUGCCAGUUACCAAAUGUUCUGGCUCAAACGGAUUAAGGUUAGCCCCCGGCCGCUCUGUUUCUCUGAGACUGUCGGAUCAUCCCCACCACAUCAUGGACCUCAUUCUUAGUUCUUACUUCUUACGCGGAGGACCCUCCCCCCCAGAGACUGCCUAUCAUCGCCGAGUCCAGACUGGACUGACAAUUGCUGCCUUCAUACCGUGGUACUGGCAUGGGCGCCUCUCAGGCUCCAUCUCUGGGCUCAGCUAUUCUGCGACUGUUACUGUCCAUAUUCACAUCCUUCGCUCCUUCCUCCCUGAGCCGUGCCAGACUGCCAGCGCCUUGCUGCCCCCUGUCUGA